UCCAAUGACAGGCCGGGGAAGAUACUGGGCAGUGCUAUAAAUCCAGCGUGGAGUCAGUGAAGGAAGCAGGAAUGAAAAACAAUACAAACCUAGACAUCGACUACACGUCAACGGACUGUUUUAAUCUCUUGAUAUUUUUCAACACUUAACAUAAGGUUUUGGGGUCAAGAAAAUGGCCACCUCAGCAAGUUCUAACCUGAACAAAGCUGUUAAGCAGCAGUACAUGGAGCUCCCUCAGGGGGACAAGGUCCAAGCCAUGUACAUCUGGAUAGAUGGGUCUGGAGAGGGACUGCGCUGCAAGACCAGAACUUUGGAUUUUGAACCCAAGACGAUUGAGGACCUUCCCGAGUGGAACUUUGAUGGCUCCAGCACCUACCAGUCAGAGGGCUCUAACAGCGACAUGUUCCUCAUCCCAGCAGCCAUGUUCAGGGAUCCAUUCAGAAAAGACCCAAACAAACUGGUGCUGUGUGAGGUGCUCAAGUACAACCGCAAGCCAGCAGAGACCAAUCUGCGGCGCACCUGUAAACAGAUCAUGAGCAUAGUGGAGAAUAACCACCCGUGGUUCGGUAUGGAGCAAGAGUAUACUCUUCUGGGCACGGAUGGACAUCCCUUUGGCUGGCCCUCCAAUGGCUUCCCUGGUCCACAAGGGCCUUAUUACUGUGGAGUGGGCGCAGAUAAGGCGUAUGGACGAGACAUAGUGGAGGCGCACUACAGAGCCUGUCUGUAUGCUGGAGUUAAAAUCUGUGGCACCAAUGCUGAAGUCAUGCCAGCUCAGUGGGAGUUCCAGGUUGGGCCUUGUGAAGGUAUAAACAUGGGGGAUCAUCUGUGGGUUGCUCGCUUCAUCCUUCACAGAGUAUGUGAGGAUUUCGGUGUGCUUGCAUCUUUUGACCCCAAACCAAUCCCAGGGAACUGGAAUGGUGCUGGCUGCCACACCAACUUUAGCACAAAGGAGAUGCGAGACGAUGGUGGACUGAAAAUCAUUGAGGAGUCGAUCGAAAGGCUUGCGAAGAGACACCGGUACCACAUCCGUGCCUACGAUCCCAAAGGUGGGCUCGACAAUGCCAGACGUCUCACCGGUCAUCACGAAACCUCAAACAUCGACGAGUUCUCGGCUGGUGUGGCCAAUCGUGGCGCCAGCAUCCGUAUCCCUCGAUCAGUUGGGCAGGACAAGAAGGGCUACUUCGAGGACCGCCGUCCGUCUGCCAACUGUGACCCUUAUGUCGUUACAGAGGCUUUGGUGCGCACAUGUUUACUCAAAGAGGAGGGAGAGGAGCCCACAGAUUACAGCAAAUGAACAGUCUAAGAGCAAGUGUCAUUGCAAGUACUGUAUUUAGCCUUGUCUGUUUCAAGACUUAAUAGAUUGAUCUUAACCUUUAUGAAUUUUUUACUUGACAGAUGAAAUAAUGAGGUAUACCUGCAUUGUUUGUGCAUUUAGAUGUAUGCAGCAAGUCUUUACCUCAGGCACUGCCUUUUAGCCAACACAUUUAGUCAUGUUGUCAAGAUAGCUGGUAAUUUGUAUAGAAUUACAUUGUGAUAUAAUGUGUUUCACUUGUACUAAUAAUGAAAAACUGUCCAAGUGCAGCAGGAUUUUGCUGUAGAUCUUGUAACUGACCCAAAGGAUCCUAAAGGCAUUUGAAUGUUUUUAUCAGUCUUGGUCUCUGUCACAAUAGUGAUUUUUAUCAUGUUGUGGAAGGAUGAAGUCUUGUAAAUCUUUUGUAUGUUUUUUAAAAUGAAUGCAUGUCUGUUCUGUUUUUUCACUUGUAAUUGUCACAUGGAAACAGACUUAAAUAAACAGCUAACAUUUUUA